GAUCCGACCUGCGCCCACAGGUGUACUAAAAGGAGGGCAAGUACAUUCGGUUUUGCCACCAAGGUGCCCAAUUCCGCCUCCUCCACCGCCACCGCCACUAGUGAAGCACAGUGAAGCCACUUUCCUCUCUCAAAUCUGUAUAUAAGGGCUUCGUUGUCGCUGUAAGCUCCUCUCAUCUGGAACUAGACAUACAGAGAGUGAGAAAGAGGCGAGGAAGCUAAUGGGGUCGGAGGAGCCAUGGAAUCGGUUGGAUGGGAAGGUGGUGCUGGUGACGGGAGCAUCGUCGGGGCUCGGCCGCGAGUUCUGCCUCGACCUCGCCAAGGCCGGCUGCGACGUAGUUGCCGCCGCCCGCAGGACCUCUCUCCUCCAGUCCCUCUGCGACGAGAUCAACGGCAUGCGUGACCGGCCGGGGAGCGGCGGGAGGAGUGGUAGGGCGGUGGCCGUUCAGCUGGACGUCAGCGCGGAGGAAGCCGCCGUGGAGGAGGCCGUCGGGAAGGCGUGGGCUGUCUUCGGAAGGAUCGACGUCCUCCUUAACAAUGCCGGUGUCAGAGGCACCAUCUGUUCGCCCUUAGGUCUGACUGAAAAGGAGUGGAAUCAAACGUUAAAUACCAACUUAAGAGGGACUUGGCUGGUGUCUAAAUGUGUGAGUAAGCUUAUGAUUGAAGCUCAUCAGAAAGGUUCGAUAAUCAACGUUGCAUCAAUCACCGGUCUGAACCGUGGGACACUGCCUGGGGCGUUAGCCUACAGCGUCUCAAAGACUGGAGCAAACGUUGUUACGAGGACAAUGGCAUUGGAGCUGGGAAAAUACAAUAUAAGAUGUAACGCCAUCAACCCGGGCAUCUUCAAAUCUGAGAUCACUGCGGGGCUGAUGAAGAAAGAUUGGCUGGACGUUGUCACCAGCAAAACUGUUCCUUUGGGGACUUUUGGCACUUCGGAUCCAGCAUUAACAACCCUUGUUCGUUAUCUGGCUCAUGACUGUUCUGCGUAUGUCAAUGGGAAUAGCUUUGUUGUUGAUGCUGGGGCUACGUUGCCGGGCAUCCCAAUCUGGUCUUCUUUAUGAUGCAUUGUUAGGGGAGUAUGCUGGCUGCCAUCUUCAUGGUCUUUCGGUCAUACAAGUCAUGGUUUACUGUAAGGGGAAACUCUUGGUGGUUGAGUUCUUCGAACUUAAGAGCUUGUAAUUUUGAGGGGCUACCAACUUGCUUUCAAAUCUUGUUAUCUCUGCGGUGAUAGAUACUUAAUAAAAUUUGGUGUAAACAGAAGUUGUAUGCCCUGUUUUUAGCAGAGGCUUGUCCCUUCA